GAAACUUAGAUCCCUUCGCCUAAAACUUAUAUCAUUUUCGGGUGCUCACAGUUAUCAGAGCCCUUGAAAAACCUAGAGCCUAUACAAAAAAUAAUUAUACAAAAUAAUUUGUUCAGAAAGAAAUAGAACAACGGGCUUUCCGAAUUAGGAAGGGCUACUGCAGAUGAACUUGCGGCGGAUAACACAUUCCCUAAAAGGAACACCGCGCCUAUUGGUGACUGACUAGAACAGGAUAAGGCGAAGACCAACCCUUGAUUGGCCUUGCGUUUACGAGCUAGGAACUGAUACAGUGACACAGUGAGAUCUACUAAAAGUUAUACAAUCAUGGAUUCGGAGGAGAAUGGCGGCUACAUGUACAGCUGUGAGUCGUGCGAAUCAAAACACAUGCUCUCGAAACAGGGUACAGGAUCGGUUGGAUCUGGGUCCGGCUCAUCGCAAUCAACCAACGCGGUGCAUGCAUCAUCUUCAUCUAUAUCAGAUGGGAGCGCUUCAGGGUAUUGCAUGCAGGAUAAUGAAACAGAUUCGGAUAAUUCAGACGAUAUGAAUUCGAUGGACUUGAGGCAUUGGAACUUUGUGGAACACUUUAAAAAGGAUCCGACUGGUUUCCUCGAUGAAAUUGUCGAACGUUAUAUACAUCUGAACAAUGUGGUCAAGUUGAAAAGUAAUGCGGCCAAAAAGGAAAAACAGAUUCUGUCGAACGAGAAGAAGAUGAACAGCGAUCUGCGCCAAGAGCUAGAGAAUUGUAGAAAGAGUCUGGAGAGUGUGAGCACCACCUGCCGCAACUUGGCAGCUGAAAGUCAACAUUUUAUGGGGGAAUUGGAACGUGCCAGGCAGAAGUUUUACGAACAGCGCUCUGAACAAAUGCAGGAGCACAACGGAGUUUGUGCCGUCCUCCGAAGCGAAUUGCAGCAGGCCCAAGAGAUGUGCCAGAGCCUGGCCGAUGAAAAAGAAAAGCUCGUCGAAGAGGUAGACUUCUACAAGAGUCUGGGAGAGGGAGAGAGAGCGUCCGGCGGCCCCAAUCGGAAAUACAAAUUACUUUGUGCCGCUCUUAAAACCGAGCUCCACCAUAAUCAAACUGUUAUUCAGGACUUGGGAAAGUACAACGAAGACUUAGAGGAGAAAGCCAUCGGUGCGACCGAAGAAAUGCAGAAUCUGAGCGCUGAAAAUGAAAAGCUUCAAGUGGAACUGAAGUUCUACAAGAACCAGUACUUUGACGAGAACUCCGAGGAAGUGCAAAAGAACAAAGAACUGCAGCAGGAACUCACAGAGGUGCAAUCAAAUUUCAAGAGCCUGGCCACUGCCAAUGAGAAGCUUUUAAAGGAAAUAGAGAUCUACAAGACUGUCUUUUACAAAGACAAAUUGGCGGCGAAUGAGAAAGUCAAGGAAUUCUGUCGUAAACUCCAAGGAGAGCUCCUCGAGAAAAAUAAAACUCUUGAGAAAGUUCGUUCCACGAACGAAAAGUUACAAGACAAAGUAGGUCACAUGAAAUUAAUGUUGAACCGCUUGGACCUCCAUUCAAAGGGACUCAAAAUAGCCCUCGAUGAGAACUCUGAACUUGAAAAGCGGAUGGUUGUGCAAAAGAAGGCCAUAGAGCUACUCGAAUCUCUGAACGCAAAGUUACGUGCGGAUGCCACAAAUACACGCGAUUGCUUCAAGAAGCUGAGGGAAAGCUUUAAACUUGAACUGGCCAAAAGACAGGUCCACAGCUGUUCAGAAUGCUCACGGCAGGGGGAGGGCGAGGGCGAUGGGGCUGGUGCUGGUGCUGGUGCUGACCACGAGCAUGGAAAGAACCAAAAACUGCACUCCCUGCUCAUGAAGAUGGUCCGUCAUGUGGAUAAGCUGUCCAAAAUAAGCCGCACCGCCAACACCAGUCCCAGCAGCUCCAGCAGCAACAUCUCGAUGUCCCAGAUUCUAGGACGGAACCACCUGAAGAUGGACCCCGAGGAGGUACUAGAAGAUGUGUUCAAGACAUUCUGUGACUUGGCCACCGACUACUGGGUGACCCAGAUGCAUCCUAUGCAAUCGAUGGAGGCCAGGCCAUCGACUGGAAGCUGUCGUUCAUCAGACGAUGAAAAUUAACUGGAAACUCAUCAGCAAUAAUGCAACCUACAGUACAGUACAUCCACUAUACACUACACUACAUACAAUACAUAUACACAACUAGAGUUUGUCUAUACAUGUACUAUUGUUAUAUUUUUUACGAUUUAUGAACGGGGACAUCUAUGUACCCAGACACCCCACUAUACCAGCAAUGUAUCAUUCAAAUUCACCAUUGUACUAUUUUGUAUUCACACAGUUUUUCAAAAUUAAUUAUCAAAAUUCAACGCGCCCAGUGGGAAAACUAGUUCCAAGGAACCAGAACUUGGUGGUGGGUGCAUAUACAUAUUGAAUUGCAAUAAAUUGAGCUCUUUUCCUGGUUAAA